AUGAGGCCGCCGGUGGAGGUCUGCGUGUUGGUCCUUUCUCUCUUGGCUCCUGGAGUCCUGUACGCCAUGAACAACAUCCCUGCGCUUCAGGAACCUCUUCCUAUUCUUGGAAUGGGAAUGGUCGUCCUGGGAUUUGUUCUCCUAAUCCUCCUCAUUACUGUGUCCAACAAGAUGAACGUGGACCCCUUAUUCUAUGUAUUUGCAGCAUUUUCCUUCACCUGCAUGGUGGGCCUGACUAAUGCUCUAGAGCAGGAUGGGUUCAUCUCCGGCUUCAUGGGUUACUACCUAAAGAUGGGUGAGCCUCAUCUAAGUACCGCCUACGCUGUGAUGAUGUCUUACUGGGAAGGCGUCAUUCACUUGGUCCUUUUCCUCACCAUCAUCCACCGCAUGUUCAAAGGGAAGUCCUAUCGUAGCCUGGGGCUGCUGUGGGCGGGCUCUUCGAUCGCCCAUCAAAUUGUUCACAUCCCAGGAGUGGUCAUUGGUAAAUACGGGGCUAACAUUCGACCAGCCUUUUGGAGGAACGUCCCCUUUUUUUUGGUACCUUUCUGGGCGGCCUCUCUGCUCUUCAGCCGACCCAGACAGGUUCCGGUCAUCCCAGCAGACAAGAUUUCGGUGGAGCAGAGGAAAGGUCUGCUGUCUCGACCCGUUGACCUGCUUCUAUCUGUUCUGUUACUUGGAGCAAUGGCCUUCUCUGUUUUCAGAGGCUUUGUGGUGCUGGACUGCCCUCUAGACACCUGCUUCACCUACAUCUACCAGUACGAGCCCUACCUCAAAGACCCAGUUGGCUUUCCAAGGGUUAUGAUGCUGGUGUAUUUGUUCUAUGCUCUGCCUCUGCUGACUGUCUUCGCUUAUGGUCUGAAAACACCAGGAUGCAGCUGGAUGUUGGACUGGACAAUCUUCUUUGCUGGGGCCAUGGCUCAGGCCCAGUGGUGCCAUAUCGGAGCAUCUCUGCACUCCCGCACUCCCUUCACAUACCGAGUCCCAGCAGACAAAUGGUGGCCUGUUAUCACCCUAAAUGUGCUGCUGGCUGCUGUGCCGGCUCUAUUGGCCCUGCGCUGCCACACUAACCCCACUUAUUUCAUGAAACCUGUUCCCGAGGGGCGGACCAACAAUGAGAAGAAGAAGAACUAG